ACACCCGCCACAUUUCGAUUCAUCACGGUCGCCUUGCACAAAGCUUUGGCGUCUUCUACAAAACUCUCACCGACCCCGGCCUUCUUCCUUCAAUCCUCAUCGAACGUCGUCAACGACUGAGUCUUCAGUUUGCCGCCACGCUCUCCACCGCACUCAUCUACGACCAAGCUAUCCGACAGGAAGCUCUGCGCACUGCGCGAACUACCCAUCAUGCGUCUUACGUUCAAGGACCUCAAGCAGGCUAAAUUCACCAUCGAUGCAGAGCCCUCCGAGACGAUUGGGACCUUGAAAUCGAAGAUCGAAUCCGAGAAGGGAUGGGAGACAUCAACGCAGAAGCUUAUCUACUCCGGCAAGAUUUUGCAGGAUGACAACACUAUCGAGUCGUAUAAGAUUGAGGAGAAGGGUUUCAUCGUCUGCAUGACCUCCAAGCCGAAAGCUCCUCCCACGAAACCCGCCGAGCCAGCUACACCUGCACCAAAGUCGGUCUCCACUCCAGCCGUCCCAGCAGCGCCCGCGCAGUCCGCCCCAUCGAACACCUCUCAACCGCCCGCAACUCCAUCUCCUGCCCCAGCCUCGGCCGCCGGCAGUGAAGGCACCUCAUGGAACGAUCCCUCCGCGCUGGCUCUAGGUGAGCAGCGCUCCGCCGCAAUCGCCAACAUGGAGUCAAUGGGCUUCCCACGCGAUCAGAUCGAUCUCGCUAUGCGCGCCGCCUUUUUCAACCCAGACCGCGCCGUCGAAUACCUGCUGAACGGCAUUCCCGCGAGUGCGCAACAGGAGGAACGUCAGGCCCCACGCCCUGCAGCUCAGGCACAAGCACAAACGCCAGCCACACCCGCUACGACAGGUACCGCUGCUCGUUCAGGUGGCGAUGAGCCGGUGAAUCUCUUCGAGCAGGCUGCGGCUGCUGGAAGAGGCGGCGCAGGAGCUGGACGUGGCAGUGGAGGCGCUGCGGCUGCGGGAGGAUUGGGAGCUGCUCUUGGAGCUGCAGGCGCAGGUGCCGGUGCUGGCGGAGCCGCGGCCAACCUUGAUUUCCUCCGCAACAACCCACAGUUCCAGCAACUUCGUCAAGUUGUUCAGCAGCAGCCUGGAAUGCUCGAGCCGAUCCUUCAGCAAGUUGCCGCAGGUAGCCCUCAGUUGGCGCAGAUCAUCACCCAGAACCCGGAGCAGUUCAUGCAGUUGCUCGCUGAGGAUGGAGACGACGACCUUGCUGCACCACCAGGUGGCUCAAUAGCAGUGACGGAGGAGGAGCGUGAUGCCAUUGAGCGUCUUUGCCGCCUCGGCUUCGAGCGUCAAGAUGUCAUCCAAGCCUACUUCGCCUGCGACAAGAACGAGGAGCUUGCCGCCAACUUUCUCUUCGACCAGCCCGAUGAGCCCGAUGAGCCAGGUGCCCAGUAAGCAACUGUUGCAUUGGGGAGCGAGCGAGGUGAAAUGGUCACGGACAUUUGAUCAUCAAGCGGAUUUCCGAGACCAACGAUCAUGAAGCGUUUGUUACAUGGAGCGUUCGUUGCAGAGAUACUCAUGUCCUCAAGCAGGAGAAUAGCAUCUUGUUGCGGAAAAUCGCAGCAAUACGAGUGUUUGCUCUACUAGGGUAGAUCAGCUCGUUACGCAGAAUGUAAUGAAAAAAUGGACAUCAAGUUCACAUGUGUUUUGUUC